GCACUCUCUUUCCCCGGCCACAAACCCACCGUGAGUGUCCAACUCACUGUUCUCGAAAAAAAAAAAACCUUAAAAACCUAUAAAAAUAAAUAAAAUUUACAAAAUCCUUAAAAAUAUACCUUUAAGAAAUACAAAAUUAAAAAAAUAGCAAAAUAAUAAAAAACAAAACACACAAACAGAACGUGUCGGGUGGAGGCUUUUUAAAGGAAGAAAUCCUCUUUAAUUUUUAAUUUUUUUCUUCUGGAGUCUGGGUUAGAGGAAGUUCUUCACCUUUUUUUUUUGGACCAGAACCGAACUAUGAACACGGCAGCGGGCAGUUACCCCAUGGCUUCUCUGUAUGUGGGCGACCUGCACCCCGACAUCACCGAGGCGAUGCUGUACGAGAAGUUCAGCCCCGCCGGCCCGGUGCUCUCCAUCCGGGUCUGCAGGGACAUGAUCACCCGCCGCUCCCUGGGAUAUGCUUACGUCAACUUCUCCCAGCCCGCCGACGCCGAGAGAGCCCUGGACACCAUGAACUUUGAUGUGGUGAAAGGGAAGCCGAUCAGAAUCAUGUGGUCACAGAGAGAUCCCUCGCUCAGGAAGUCAGGCGUGGGCAACGUGUUUAUCAAGAACCUGGACAAAUCCAUCGACAACAAAGCUCUGUACGACACCUUCUCUGCCUUUGGCAACAUCCUCUCCUGCAAGGUGGUGUGCGAUGAGAACGGCUCUAAGGGCUACGCCUUCGUUCAUUUCGAGACCCAGGACGCGGCCGAUCGAGCCAUAGAGAAGAUGAACGGCAUGCUUCUGAAUGACCGCAAGGUGUUUGUGGGUCGCUUCAAAUCCCGCAAAGAACGGGAGGCCGAGCUCGGCGCCAAAGCCAAAGAGUUUACAAACGUCUACAUCAAGAACUUUGGGGACGACAUGGACGACGAGCGGCUGAAAGAGCUUUUUGAGAAACACGGUAAAACACUCAGCGUGAAGGUGAUGAUAGACUCCACCGGCAAAUCCAGAGGGUUUGGAUUUGUUAGCUUUGAGAAACACGAAGACGCUAACAAGGCUGUGGAGGAAAUGAACGGCACCGAGCUCAACGGGAAGACCGUGUUCGUGGGGAGAGCUCAGAAGAAAAUGGAGCGGCAGGCGGAGCUGAAGAGGAAAUUUGAGCAGCUGAAGCAAGAACGAAUCAGUCGGUAUCAGGGAGUUAAUCUUUACAUCAAGAACCUGGAUGACACCAUCGAUGAUGAGAAGUUGCGUAAAGAGUUUUCUCCGUUUGGAUCAAUUACUAGUGCUAAAGUGAUGCUAGAAGAAGGUCGAUCCAAGGGCUUCGGUUUCGUCUGCUUCUCUUCCCCCGAGGAGGCCACCAAGGCCGUGACUGAGAUGAACGGGCGCAUCGUUGGCACCAAGCCCCUGUACGUGGCUCUGGCUCAGCGCAAAGAGGAGCGCAAAGCCCACCUCACCAACCAGUACAUGCAGCGAAUCGCUGGCAUGAGGGCCAUGCCCGCCAACGCCAUCAUCAACCAGUUCCAGCCCACCAGUGGCUACUUCAUGCCAGCUGUGCCUCAGGCCCAAAAUAGGACGACAUACUACGCACCCAAUCAGCUGGCCCAAAUACGACCCAACCCCAGGUGGCAGCAACAAGGUGGCCGAGGUCAAGGUGGUUUCCAAGGAAUGCCCGGCUCCCAGCUGCGUCAGCCUGGACCUCGUGGCAACCUGAGACACAUGAGUCCUGGUGGACAAGGCCCUCGAGCUACAGGCCAAGCCAUGGCUCCUCGACCAUCCAUGGGAGUCUCUGGUCCUCGGUCCAUGCCUCCUUACAAAUACGCCACUAGUGUCCGAAACCCCAAUCCUCAAGUGGUGCAAACGAUUCCCUUACAGCAGGCUCAGCCAGCUGUUCAUGUUCAGGGUCAGGAGCCCCUCACGGCCUCCAUGUUGGCUGCUGCGCCCCCACAGGAGCAGAAACAGAUGUUAGGAGAGCGUCUGUUCCCGCUGAUUCAGGCCAUGCACGCCAACCUGGCAGGGAAGAUCACCGGCAUGCUGCUGGAGAUCGACAACUCGGAGCUGCUGCACAUGCUGGAGUCGCACGAAUCCCUCCGUUCAAAGGUGGAGGAAGCUGUCGCUGUUCUGCAGGCCCACCAGGCAAAGAAAGAUGCCACUCAGAAAACUGGCAGCAUGACAACUACUGCUGCUGCAACAUCCUGAAGGCUGGUGGAGAAAAAUAAGCAGGGAUGGACACCAGACAYCACAACAAAUAUGCAAAAAAAAUUACAAAUUCAAAUAAAAUUUUAAAAAUAUUUCAUACCAUCAUUUUUACUGCCAUAAAAGGCAGUAAUACAUAUGAUAGUUGCAUGCAGGCCCUACUUUGCAAAGGAGAGAAUGUUUUCCAAAAGGGAAAUGGAGCCUGUUUUUUUUCUCACACUGAAAGCUUCAUGUUUGAUUUGAAAUGACAGUUUGCCUUCAUAUGUUGUCAUGAUGAGGUGUGUGGUAUUCUCAAUAAAGGACUGAUGGACAAUG